GAGAUUGAAUGCUUUUUAGAGAAGUGCGCGUGUGGGUUUUUGAGAGAGAGAGAGAGAGAGAGGCUCUCUGUGAAGUGGGUUUUUGGUGGUAGUGGCCAUCCGCCAUUGUUAGUUCUUCAGCUGAGCUUCUUCUUCUUCUGUUUUUGGGGUUUUCUUCAUUUGGGGUGUAGUGGAGGAAAUUGCUGUGGAUCUUUGAUUUUGAGAGUGUUUUUGGACAUGGGUUCUGCUCGAUUUAGCAGAUGCAGGACCGUGGAAGCUCUUGUCGUCGUUUUUUCUGUUUUGGGGAUGGUUUCUUUGUGCUGUGGGACGAGGUUGGAAUCAGGUUCUCGCCAGAAGCUCGAGGUGCAAAAACACCUCAGGCGUUUGAACAAACCUGCUGUUAAAACCAUUGAGAGUCCAGAUGGGGACCUAAUUGACUGUGUUCACAUGUCUCACCAACCUGCAUUUGACCAUCCUUUCCUCAAAGACCAUAAAAUCCAGAUGAGGCCAAGUUUUCAUCCAGAAGGGUUAUUUGAUGAGAACAAAGUAGCUGAGAAAGCCAGUGAAAAACCAAAACCAAUAAACCAACUGUGGCAUGUUAAUGGAAAAUGUCCCGAAGGAACUAUCCCCAUUAGAAGAACAAAACAUGAGGAUGUUUUGAGAGCAAGUUCAGUCAAAAGAUACGGAAGGAAGAAGCACAGAUCAACUCCAAUACCCCCAAGGUCUGCAGAGCCUGAUCUCAUAAACCAAAGUGGUCAUCAGCAUGCGAUAGCUUAUGUGGAAGGAGAUAAGUAUUAUGGAGCUAAAGCAACUAUGAAUGUGUGGGAGCCCAGUAUACAGCAGCCUAAUGAGUUUAGCUUAUCACAGCUUUGGAUAUUGGGUGGUUCUUUUGGUGAAGAUCUCAAUAGCAUUGAAGCUGGUUGGCAGGUUAGUCCUGAUCUCUACGGCGAUAACAAUACUAGACUCUUCACAUACUGGACGAGUGAUGCAUAUCAAGCUACAGGCUGUUACAACCUCCUAUGCUCAGGCUUUAUUCAAAUCAACAGCGAUAUUGCAAUGGGAGCGAGCAUCUCUCCUGUCUCAGCAUACAGAAAUUCACAAUACGAUAUUAGUAUACUUGUCUGGAAGGAUCCAAAAGAAGGGCAUUGGUGGAUGCAAUUUGGAAAUGGUUAUGUGAUGGGAUAUUGGCCUUCAUUCUUAUUCUCAUAUUUAGCAGACAGUGCUUCCAUGAUAGAAUGGGGAGGGGAAGUUGUGAACUCAGAGCCAAAUGGAGAACACACUUCAACUCAAAUGGGGAGUGGCCAUUUCCCAGAUGAAGGAUUUGGUAAAGCAAGCUAUUUUAGAAACAUUCAAGUUGUUGAUGGAUCCAACAAUCUGAAACCCCCCAAAGGCAUUGGCACAUUCACAGAACAACCUGAUUGUUAUGAUGUUCAAACAGGUAGCAAUGGGGAUUGGGGCCACUUCUUUUACUAUGGAGGCCCCGGUAGAAACGCUAAUUGCCAAUGAAAAAGAUGAAAUGAAUGACCAUUCUACCCUCCAUGUCCUUCCCUCACUGUAAACUACCUCUCUUAGGCUUAGUUAGAGGCUAUAUGUGACAUUUUCUCACUGGUGGAAAGUUUUGGCUCUGUGGGUCUCUUUUCUUUUUUUCUUGUUUUUUUUUUAGAGGAAAAAGAUUCUCUCCAUGUAAGUGGUGGGGUGUAGGGGAAAGAAAGGGCCAAAGUUUCUUAAAAGCCUGAAAAGAAACAGGGGCCUUUUGUUAUGACUUGAUAAUGAUGAAUGUGUAUUUUAUUAGUUUGUUCAGUAUACUCCUCUCCCUUGGAGGUGCUUUAUUAAUGAAGAAUGGGCUUUUUUAUAUUUUUA